UUUAUGAUUUUAUGGUCAAAAUUUAUAAAGGUUGAUCAUAAAAAUUAAGGCGUAAAUAGUAAAAAGUAACGGAGGGGGGGAGUAGCGACCUAUUCUUUUGUAAUUUUUCCAUACAACAAUGGGUUUGUCUAGCUACAAACUCAAAAGUGUAUGAAGACAAACCUCUUAUUGUUGUUGCCCUAAUAUGCCAAAAUUUAAUGAUGUGGGGAAAGCCAUGCAAGGUCACCUUAAUGGCAGUAUAAAUCAUCGAGAUAGCAAUCAACACACAAAGCAUUGAGUAAACUUAUAGAGCUCAAGAAUGUCUAGUGUUCUUCAAAUGUUUGAAAAAUUCCUUAAUUCAAUUCACAUUCAUCCCCUCUUAUUCCUUCUCCCCUCACUCUUCUUCAUAAUCUUCCUCUACAAAUGGCUCUCCACCAACUCUUCAAAUUUCCAAAACUUACCACCAUCUCCACCAAAAUUGCCAAUUCUAGGACAUCUUCACCAACUAGGCGUGCACCCUCACCGCUCUCUCCAGGCUUUGUCUGACCGGUAUGGUGAGCUUAUGCUCAUCUACUUGGGCAAAAAACCUACACUUAUAGUGAAUUUUCCAACAGGCCUAAGUCUAGCAUUAUAACUGAGACUAUAACUGAGACUAUGGUGAGCUUAUGCUCAUAUACUCUUCAUGAUGCUGUAUUUUCCAACAGGCCUAAGUCUAGCAUUACAACAGAGCUCUUGAGAAAUCCUAGAGUAAUGGAAGAACUGCAAAAAGAAGUAAGAGGAAUUGGCAACAAAGAUCAUAUAACUGAGGAUGAUUUGGAGAAAAUGAAGUACUUAGAAGCAGUGAUCAAGGAGACUCUACGGCUGCAUCCACCAAUUCCAUUAUUGGUGCCUCGUGAAUCAACCCAAGAUGUACGGAUAAUGGGUUAUUACAUUGCUGCUAGGACUCUUGUUUUUUUUAAUGUUUGGGCAAUCCAGAGAGAUCCGAUUACUUGGCAAGAACCUGAGGAGUUUCGUCCAGAGAGAUUCUUGCAUUCUUCAAUAGAUUUCAAAGGGCAGGAUUUUGAGCUAAUUCCAUUUGGAGGAGGAAGAAGGAUUUGCCCAGGAAUAUCAUUUACGAUAGCUAAUAUCAAGCUAGUGUUUGCAAACCUUGUGCACAAGUUUGAUUGGAAGUUGCCUGUUGGAGUCAAAGGCGAAACAAUGGAUAUGUCUGAGAGCACUGGCCUCACUAUACAUAGAAAAACUCCUCUUCUAGCUGUUGCUUCUCCACAUCUUUAGUAAUGAAUUAUAAAUGCUCCCAAAUUGAGAAAGGGAGUUAACUAGCCUAGUUGAUCUGUGAGUCUCUAUAUUGUAACAGACUAACAGGUUAAGAUAAAAAGCAAAAUAAUAGCAGUUCUCCAUUAUAUUGAUGUAAGCAUAUAACUGCAAAACAUCAAUACUUCAUACUUCCUUCGUCUCGUAAAGUCCUUUUUUUUUUUUUUUUUUUUUUUUUGGCAAUAAUACGAAUUUGAAUUUUUUUACCCAAGUUGGAAAAUUUUUGGGACCACUUUUCUUUUUACAUUCUAUUUCUCUCCUUAUAAAGUAAACACAUGAAAAGCAACUUACAUGAUUUUACAUCAGUGGAUUUUUUUUAAAAAAAAAAAAUUUAUUUUAUCAUUUUGUGGAGAGGAUGACAAAAACCACCCGAAAUUAUUACAAGAAGCUGUUCCGUGCCAAAAAUUUCCAGCUCUCAAACUGUCAUGACAAAUCAUUGUCAUAAUUUGAUACUAUCUGAAUUUGUAAGAAAUAAAUUAAAAGGGCAAAGAGUGAUGUCCUACUCUCCAUAAUAAUUCUAAAGAAUAGACACACUAUCACAACAACCGCCACACAGAAAUUUUCCCUAAAGAUCCACAACCUUUCUUUUGUUUAGUUAGGUUAAGCGAGUAGGGACUUUGAUAAUAAAAAGAGCCUCUCUUGGGUCAGGCAUUGAGCCACACAGUUGAUUUCACCCACAGGCUCCACUCUCCCUGUCCUCGAAUAAUCAAGCUAACCUAUGGUGACCUUAUACACUGCUUUACCUAGGCAGAAAAACUAACGGAGUACUAUUGUAAAUUCGUCAACAAAACACAACUUAGGUAAUCAUAAAGAUCCGGUAUUAUGACUGCAGAGAUAUGGCAAUAACACCAUCUAUUCUAUGGUGAGUGUUUAAACUUCUUUGGUCAAAAUCUGUUAUCACGUAGUAUAUAUACAAACUAUUUGA